CGUCCUUAAUGACCACAAUCCAACAUAAAAUAUUAAGACUACCAAUUUUUUUACCUACCACCAUUACCAUUAGCCAUUACAACUCAUAAGAAGACUCUGCACAAAGAAAGAAGAGACUUUGUACAUGUGAAGAAGAACGAAGAGAUGGGGCUUACAUUGAAGGAAGAACUCUUGGAUUUUUUUCUAGUCCCAAGUGGUAUACUGCUCAUGCUUGGAUACCAUCUAUUCCAUCUCCACAGAUGCCUACAUCUCCCCAAUACCACUAUUAUCGGCUAUGAAAAUCAUAACAAGAAGGCUUGGGUUCGAAGAAUUCUCGAGGUUGAAGCCAAAGAUAGAGGGCAAGCUUUAACUGUGAUCAACGGCAAUAUAUCUGCAGCAAUUUCACUAGCUUCCAUUUCCCUGGCUUUGAGUUCUCUAAUUGGGGCGUGGAUUGGAAGCGCCUCCCACAAUAUUUUCUUAAGCAGUAAUAUCUAUGGGAACAAAAGCUCGACCGCUGUUUACAUAAAGUUUAUAACUCUUCUUUCUUGUUUCCUGGUUGCUUUUGGUUGUUUUGUUCAGACAGCAAGUUGUUUUGUUAAUGCCAAUUUCCUUAUAAGCAUGCCAAAUUGUGAGAUCCCUACUAGCCAUGUUGAGAAUGCAAUUAUAAGAGGAAGUAAUUACUGGGUAAUUGGCUUGAGAUCACUCUUUUUUGCCAGCAAUUUGCUUCUUUGGAUUUUCGGUCCAAUCCCGAUGUUUGUUUGUUCGGUGAUAACAGUAGUGGUGUUGCAUAAUCUGGAUAGAAACACAACCCCGUUGCCUAACUUUACAAAGACACCAGCCAGCCAUCACUCGAAGGAGAGUGGUAAAGAAAUGACUACAGUUACUAGUGCUAAUGAUCAUCGUCAGAGAUCGGAAAUGGAUGGAGCAGAACAUCAAGCAUCAACUUAAGAUCACGGAAGCGAAAUCAGCAAUACAAGAGAGAAAACUAUAACAGGGAUGAAAGAGGAUAACCUCUUUUCUCUGCACUUAUAAUGUAAGAGAUCCUACUGCUGUAUAAGUAUGGUUUUGCACUCCAUGAAAUAAAUAGCAUUUUUUCCAGUUUCCA